GAGUCGGAGGGACGAGUGGAAAGUCUGAGCUGCUUGCAGUCUCGUUGAUCCAGCCUCGGGUAGUAUGUACCGUGACGUGACAAUGGCGGUAGUCGUAAUUACGAAACGGUACGUUAUUGUGAUCAGCUGAUCAAGCGAGCCCAACGGAAAGAGCAAAAUCGAGAAAAUACGCGCGAUAAAUAAUAGAACGAGGAUUCGAGACGGAGUCGAGAUAUCGAAGCUCUGCGAGAUAAUUCGAAGACAAAAAGUCAAGAGAAGAAGGGAAUUGGAUUUUCGGCUAUGUCAUUGCGCUUGUGAUUUGCUCUGCCUCUAGGGCACCGGUGCUCUUUUGUGUUGUGUGAAUAGUGGCUUGCGUUUUUGCGGCUGUGUUGUGUGCAUGUGUGCGUGAAAUUCGCAAAAGCGAUAGAUAAAUGUGUCUUAGCCAUGCCUGCUGUGCGGAAGUAUAGAAGGGAUACCAGUGAAGUGAGCUGCUGUCUCAAGUAUGUGAUCUUUGGAUUUAACGUGAUGUUUUGGUGGCUGGGUUUGGGUAUCAUGGCGGUAGGUGUAUGGGCUUGGACCGAAAAGGACACGUUCAACAAUUUGUCCAGGCUCACAAAUGUUGCGCUCGACCCAGCAUUUAUCCUCAUUCUAGUCGGUACAGUGACAUUUAUCAUUGGAUUUACGGGAUGCGUUGGCGCACUCAGGGAAAAUACGUGCCUCCUAGCUACGUAUGCGAUAUUUCUGGCGUUAUUAUUGUUAAUGGAGAUGGCAGCCGGUGUCUUAGGAUUUGUCUUCAAGGACUGGAUAAAAUCACAAGCCACUGGCGGUUUCCAAGCGUUCAUCAUCCACUAUAGAGAAGAUCCUGAUCAGCAGAAUCUCAUCGAUUGGAUUCAAGAGGAUUGGUUACAGUGUUGCGGCAUCGAGGGCCCUAAAGACUGGGAUCGCAAUAAUUAUUUCAAUUGUUCGUCGAGCGACAUUGGCUCGAGGGAAGCAUGCGGCGUGCCUUUUAGCUGUUGUAAACGAAAGCCAAAUGAAAUUAUAAAAAAUAAACAGUGCGGCUAUGAUGUUAGAAAACCUAGCUACACUGGGGAGAGGAGUAUAUACGAGAGAGGCUGUCUAAGAGCAGGCGAAGAAUGGCUAGAAUUGAAUCUCGUACCUGUCGCUGGUACUGUUGUCAGCACAAUGGUCUUACAGAACUAUGAAGUUGCCAAAGUGAUUUAUGAAAAAGGUUGUAUUCAAGCUGGGGAGGAAUGGGUGGAACGAAAUCUUCUUGCAAUUGUCACUGGGGCGGUUACUACGGCAUUUGCACAGAUUCUGGGAAUCUGUUUCGCUCAAAAUCUUCGAGCGGACAUAUUCGCACAAAAAGCAAAGUGGCAUUGACAAUUUCGGGCCCCCACGGCGGUCUAGCAUCUUAUACUAAUAGAUGCUGAUCAGUUGCGUUGAUCGAACUGGAAAAGUCGUCGAAGAUCUCGAGAACUAACAGACCUUUGACGUAAAAAUCGACACAGUUCCACGUGGAAAGUGCAGGAUUCAAGAUCCAGACGUCCGAACCAAAUCGACUAAAGAUACAGAUAUUUUUUCACUCCUCAAUUGCUGACAGAGUUACGAAGACUGCGUACUUCGACGAGCUUCGUGAUUUCGCGCAAAUACAUCAUUCAUGAUCACGUAUAAAUGUUUAUAAUUGAAGUUUCGACAUUCUAUCAUCCAACGUUUAUAUUGCAUUUUAUAAAUUGACAAGCGAAUCGUCAAGCGACGGAUCACGUUUAAAGGACGAUCAAAGUUCCAAAGUUUCAGUGAUAAUUGCCAUUAUUAAAUUAUCACAGCAGCGUAUCAUUUAGUUUAUAAUGACGAUAUAGCUCAGCUUAAUGCGGCAACUUGUUGCAUAUCCUCAACUAACUAUUUCAUUGCCAAAAUGACACGAAGAAAACGGUGUCAAAGUUCCAUCGCUGAUUCGUUUUAUUUCUGUAGAAACUUAUGGCGAAUUUUAUGACAAACCAAAAACAUUAUCAAACCUUAGAUUCUUACAUUGCAAUUGCAAUUAUUGCUCAUCCUUAUUGUUAUACGUUAAGGGAUUAUUCGAGCUGAUCGGAUUGAACAUUUCUUGCGAGUUUACGUGCUUUCAAAUAUUGCGAACAAUGUAUGUUUAAUUGAUGUUUUUGCCUACUUUAUAAUUAGGCUGAGGAUUUUUAUACAUUUCUGUGAAUAAGUACGCAAAAAUGCACAGAAUGCAUAUACCCAAAGUAGAUUACUCGUUAUAUUUUUUAAUAGAUAAAACGAAUCUCUAUUGACUCUCUAUUACCACGAAAAUAUAAAUUUGCAUAAAAUCCACAGUCUAUUUAUACUCGCAACAAUGACAAGUAGCGCGCUGUAUUUUAGUUUAAGGCAUUUUCAUACAUCAUCGUUUCGUCGUUAUAAUACAACGGCGUGUGAGGAAGAAGAAAAAUAAAAAAACUUGCUUUGAAGAAGCAAAUCAAUUGUAAAAUACGAUUCGUUCGAGGACUAUAAAAUGCGUAAAUUAACAAAUUGUCGAAAGUAAUGCGUGUAUUUGCAGCGAAAAGAGUGUUGUUCAACUUAUCAGUAGACUGCGGAUUUUUGUGCAAAUUCAAGUGUUCCAGAAUACAAUUAAAAAUGUAGAACUUGGGAGGAAUAUCAGUUUACAUACAAAGUAUUAUAAAAAAGCCCUAUGCUUUGGAUAUCUUACAUAUCUUUUCAUAUUACGUGCGUUCUGAGCGAUUUUACAUUUUCAAAUGCCCCAUAAAUGCAUAAAGGUCCGCAGUCUACCCAUCAAUUUUCUCAAACCUUUCGCAAGCCAUUCUCGUAUUUCACGGUCUACUGGACGUUCCUUGAUACUCGGUUUGCGUCUAUCAUAAUUAUGAUUUGAGCGAACAAGGCGGAAAAGGACGUUGCCUCGGACUUUUCCGAUUCUUCGUCGAGAUUAAUACCGUUCUUCUGUUCUUGACGAAGGGAAAGUCGAUGAGUUCGGAUAGGGCGCGUAGAAACGAGAGAAAGGGACAAAGAACAGAGAGCAGAAGAGACAAAUAAAGCAGAAUAAUGCCUGCUCGGUUUACGAGGAACGGUGUGUCGAGGCAUUAAAGUCGAUUGACGUGAUGUCGUGGGGGCGCGGUGAACAUGACUGAGCUCACCGCACAGCAAAUUCUUGUGGCAUGGCCACGAGAGUAAAAGCCAUAUAACACGCAGGUAUACAAUAACCUUCUGUUGCUCCAAUUGAUCGUUAAAACGGUUGCUCGAGCCACAUUGAACAUAUUGAUCCUGUGCUACAUGCCGACACGUUCCCUCCAUCGGUAGGCCAGGUGCCUGUCGUAUCGUAUAUGCUGCCGUCACGUGGCCGAAUUAUAUCGACAAGAGACAGUAGCGGUGCUAGUUGCUCUAUGAAUUAAAAAAUAUUGGCCCCUUAAUUAAUGUGGACCAGUAUGCAGUACGAUUCGUUCAUUAACUGCCAACGUUACACUCUGACACAUCCUUUCUUCAUUUUUUGGUAAACAGGGCAAAUAUGUGUCAGAGUAUCUCGACUAACAGCGAACACAUGCAGUGACUAGUAGUAUAUGUAUAUAUUCACUGAUUCACUUUUGUAUUUUGCCUUCUAAAAUGCCGUAUCUUUUCCUUUUGCGUUGAUUCUGUUUUACCGACUUAAUCCACUGAUUCGUAUAAUUUGGUUCCUAAAGUUAGUUUUACAUACUUUUCUAGUUUCCCGGCUGUACUUUUCUCCUUUAUUUUCUCUUUUUCUUUGUUAUUCCUCGUUCAAGCAGUGUAUUUUUAUAACAGCGCAAGUACGUUUAAACAGUGCGUUUUCCUUCUCGGAUAGAUAAAAAUGGUUUGCGGCUCUAAAACAACAAUGCCAUGCUUGUAAAUAUUCAAUGUAUAGAUGCAUACAUUUGUACAUACAGAGUGUUCUAGUUUUUUUUGGGAAGACGAUGCUAGCGUGUUUGGCAAGUGAAAAUAAGGAAAAUAAGUAAAUGCUUUACUGAAAAGAUAACUAGAUUGCGGAUUUAUAUGCUUCUAUGGGAAACUUUAAAGUGGAGAAAUAUAUAAAAUGCAGGUAAUAUAUAAUAAAUGUUCAAAGUGAAGUAAUUGUUAUCUUUUAUGGGUAAAACAGAUGUUUAUGUAGGUUUCAUUGCCUUAGGUAUGUAAAUAAACAUAUGAAAUCGCAUACAAAUCCACAGUCUAGUUACAACAAAUAUACAGAAUGAUAAUUGGUAAUUGCUUCCUUUAAAUGUAAUAGUUAAACGAACAUUAGUGUAAGCACUGGAUGAAUUAAUUUCUUGAGUUCCAAGAUAGGCUAUUCCGCUGUUGGGCUUUUAUUUAAAAGAUAAAAUUUAUGCGACAAGAAUCAAUACGCGCAAAAACUGCUACAGAAAAAGUUCAUAAUGUAUUCACUGAAUUGAAAAAGAACCAACAAGAAACUCGCAAUGCAAAAAUGUUUGUAGUUCAGUAAUUUCAAGUAGAACUAACAUAAAUUCCGCGAAUCUGUUUCUACUUUAUCGAAUGAGAAACUGGAGCGUUGUUACUUCGUAAUCUUGUUACAACUUUUCAAAAAAUUAUUUGUGACGCUAUGUUUAGAACUCAUAGAUUCUUCGCAGCGUAUGCUCGCAUCGUUUUGCAGAAAAACUGAGACAUUCUAUAUAUCUGUAAACGUACCAAACGGAGCGUUCGUAUCUUUUGCGAUCCUAAUUCUUACGCGAACGAAUGAAGAAAGAAGGAAAAGCAUCAAACUCUCUACGCUAAAAGACAAAAUAGAAAAAUGCAUAGGUACUAAGGCGAAGUAAAAGAAUGUUUAAAAAUUAAAAAAUUAGGAUCUUUGUAAGAAAUAUCCAACUUGUUUCCUCGAAUUUUAAUAAUUUCCAGAUAUAAGUUAAAUUAACUAAACUGAACAAUAAAUUAUAGUUGUUCAUAAAAAGGAACCACUUGUUAUUCCUUGAAUUAAGAUCGAUUAUUUGCAAAAUUAAAAGAAGAAAUGUUAUCGUUUACAGGAAAUCAAUGUUGCUAGAAAAGAGUAGCGUACUCGUUUUACACGAUGUUUGACUGUUGUUCAAAUAACAAGGAAGGAAACAUAUUAUACAUUAUGGAUUAGGUUUGGUGUAAACCAGGCUUGUAGAGUAAACAAUACUUUAAAAGAUAUACAGGGUGGCUGGUAACUGGUGGUACAAGCGGAAAGGGGGUGAUUCUACGCGAAAAAAGAAGUCGAAAAUAUAGAAUAAAAAUUUUUCGUUUGACGCUUUGUUUAAGAGAAAAUCGACUUUGAAUUUUCGCUCGGUACGCGUGCACUUUAUGGCGUGGAACCAUAUUAGAUCAAUGAAGAAAUCGUAAGUUGCGAGUCGCGUACCGAGUGAAAAUUCAAAGUCGAUUUUCUCGAAAACAAAGCCUCAAACGAAAAAUUUUUAUUCUAUAUUUUCGACUUCUUUUUUCGCGUAGAAUCGCCCCCUUUCCGCUUGUACCACCAGUUACCAACCACCCUGUAUAUUUCCAGAAAAUAGUAAUAAUAAUGAAAGAGAGAAUACAAAUAUAAAGGAUACUUGCGAGAAUGACAAUCAUAUCGAGAUAUAAAAGAACAAAAUAUAACUUACAAUGUCUUGUAAUAUUAUAUUAAUUGCGUACGUGUUUGAAUCGUUUCUCACACUUGUAACUAAAACAGUUAGUUUCAAUGAACAUAUGCAAUAAUUCUAGUCCGUCCGUUUGGUACAUCAAUGUCGGAUAUGAAUUAAACCUUUUAAUUGAUCGUAAUAACGGGACGUGUCGGCACCACACAUUGGUCCAACUUGUGUGUAAAUUCUCGAAACUGCAAAUUAUUUGGUUGAGACGUUUAAAAAAAGGGUGAAGGAUCGGGAAAUAAAUCAAUGAAAAUACGUCUGAAAAUUUGAUCGGUUGUCGAAAGAUUGGUCUUUAUGUAUAAUUUAGCGAAGGAACAACAAUUAUAUGAAAGUAUCGAGUCCAAACUAGUGAUAGCAUUUAAACAUAGCAAACAGCGGCUGGCCCGCAAACUUGGUGUUUUCAGUUUCAAUGAAAAUACUGUUUCAUAGAGCGGAGUAUCAAGAGAUAUCUUUGAUCUUGAUUUUCUUGUUUCCCGAAAUAAUUUUUAUACGAAUAUGUACAUAUGUACAUAUACAUUAAGAUGAUUCUUAAUCUUACAAAUAACUGAUCGAACGAGAAUUAUUUCUCUCUCAUCUCGCGGAAUUGUUCUAAUCUGUGAUAUAAUAAUAAAUGAGCCGUUUAUUGCCAAAUCGGUUAACUCGACGGAACAGAAAGUUGAAAAUCUUGAUGAACAACGAUCAAGUAGUUUGGCAUUAAAAUAUCGAAAAUUUUAAAGAGAGGGUAUAACCACUUUGAUCUGUGAACGACUCAAUAAUUCGCCUGGAUAAUUCAAACACGAUUGGAUAAGAAUAAAGUGUACUCGAAAAGUAUCCAAAUUUAAACAAUAUGAUAUUUUAAUACAUAAUCCAUACUCUUUCACUGCGUUAUUCAGAACUUUUAGUGCUUCUACUGUUUUUAAAUCUUUCUUAAAGCUAUAGCUAUAAGACUUUUAAGCUAGACUGACGAGCCCAAGGCUGAAGUAUUUAUGCGUUUUAUUAAAAAGGAUUAUGGAAAUCUAGAAGCGAUAUUAAUUGCAAAUUGUGAUACCGUUUGAAUAAAAGGACUUCCAAACUACUACAGUUAAAUUUGGAAACUUUUGGAAUACAUUUUGUAACGUUUCGAUCGAACUUAUGGCGUUAAAAUGAUAGUUCUUCAUAGAUUACAAUAAUUCCGGUGCAUGAGAGCAAACGAUUUCCAAUGAAAGAUAAGAACCAAGUACAUCGUACGAGAUGGUCCGUACAAAAUAUUCUGAGUUGUUUUCCAGAGGAUUGUUAGACAUAGUUGCCACACAUUUUCUAUUUAAUAAUUCACCUAAUUUAAUAUUAGCGGAUGAAGAAAACUCUGUCGUUAGAUGAUCCUAAAGAGAAAAUAGUACCGUGACUGUGAUAAGAGAAACAAUGGAAGAAGAGAAGAGAGAAAAGAAGAGAAAGAGUGUGUAUGCAUUUGACCACAACCUGCCAGUGAACUCAUCUGUUAGGCUACCUACUAUAACUGAAAGCGAUACAGUAAGAUCACAAAAUCGGCCAGUGGUUAAACUUCACAGUUUUGAUAACCACAAUCGAUAAUUUGAAAUGUAUUGGGCUCAUAAGGAGCCUAGGGCUUCGUUUAUGAUCAGUCAGGGGGUAGAUAUCAACUGUAGAAUUACUUCUUCCUCUCUAAAAAGAAAAAUAGUCUCCUUAUUUGUAAUUUCUAUUCCGGUUUUAUGACUCAUCGUACGACACGUUGAACUAAGUGAUAUCAAAAAUAGAUUUAAAAAAACAUACGUGCAGCAUACACACCCACUAGUUGCGUCUAGAUCAAUAGACAGGCGAUAUCAACUCUAAAACUGUUCCUUCCUCUCUAAAAAAAAGCAUGUCUCUCUAUUUAUAACUUCUAUUCCAGUUUUAUGACUCAUCGUAUGAAACGUUGAACCGAAUGAUGAUAGAAACUGAUUUUUAAAAAAAUGUGUGUGUAGCACACACAUCCACCAGUUGCAUCUAGAUCAACUGGCGAACCUAUCUGAUGCUUUAUUUUAUGACCUCGUUAUGUCGUUUUCAUCUACUAUACUUUAGACAUUGAGGUAGUAAAAGUCAAGGUGAAGGACUGUAUAUAAAUAUAGAAAGGAAUAGUAGGACGAGUAGGAGAAUUGUAACUUCAGUCUUUUCUUUAAUGAAAUGACAUAGACAUUUUCAUAUGUAUUAAUUUGUAAUAAUUUCAUCCUAUAAAUAAUUAAAAGAAUGAAAGAGUGGUUCAUUGGAAUUUGAUUUUAAUAAAUGUUUAAAAUGCUGUUUUAUCAGAUUUAUAACAACAAUUGUUUCCACACUUGUGAAUUAUUAUUGUUACGAUUCUUAUAACUGUCCUUCAUUGCAUAGAAAAUAAGAGAAGUUCGUAUAUCAUAUCAUCUGUUUCUCAUUUUAUGUGUUUUCUAUAAUUUAUACACCGACGAUGAGUGAUGCGUUAUUUAGAAGUAUAAGAAAUGUUCCUAGGACUAUAAAAAAUUUCAUUUUCCCAUAAAUUGCGAAACAUAAGAUAUGAAACAGCGAUAUAACGAUACAUUUUAAAACCAAUAAAAGUUUCUAUAUGUAUGUAUGUCCAAUAGCACGUAUUAUACUUAGCAACUUAGGUAAUAUUGAGAAAUUGUUGUAAAUUUCUACAAAACUGCUUCGAUACUGUCCUAUAGUACAGUAGUAUUCCGUUCUCUGAAAUCUUUUCUUAAAUUGAAGGAACAGGAAAUGGAAAAGAACGUCCAUUUCACUCUUUGGAGAACUCAUUCGUUCUCUGAAAGUAUUCGGUGAAUCAUUAAACGUUCAAUAAAAUAUUUCCUUCUAUUAAUCCUCGAGAAGAUAACUUGCAAUACUUUGCGCGGAUCAUCUAAAAUUGAAAAGGCAGAAUCAUCUAAAAUUUAACAAUCGUAAACGUGUUGGCCGUCUUUUGAUUCAGAUAUACAUAUAUGCUAUGUAUAGCGUAAAGGCUUAAAUAUUUUAUACUAUUGGAUCCUGUGUUCAGAUACAGUACAUGAAAUGUAUCUCCAAAUUUUUGUAUAGCUGGUCGCAUUGUGCUAGUUAGGUUGGUUAAACAUUCGUCGAAUCGUAAUUAACAUAGCAAUAACUCAAAGAAGAAUAUUAUCGUUGUUUGCUCAUAAUGCAUUCAUAAUUCCGAUGCAUUAAGAAUAGUUUCUACUAUAACGCUAUGAUGAUAAUACGUGAUGUUAAAUAGUCAGAUUUCUCAAGUAUACUAAGUUAACUGACGAUUGCAAUUUCUGCCACGCUGCGGACGCAGUGGACCGGAGUUAAAGUGGGCAGAGCCUUUGUAACUCUCAAUUAUACAAAGGAGUCAUACAGUGAUAAUAUUUUACGAAACACGCAUAUUUUAUAUAGUUAAUUCGUUUAUUGAUUCUCGACGUCUCAUUAUAAAAAUCUGUCACGUAUCUAAAACUGUUUUGUUAAUUAAGUAGCUACCUAUUAAGAUCCGAUUCUAUCUAUGUACUAAAUAAAGUAUUUUAAAUAGUUUGAGAAACUUAAAAUUACAACCACAACAUAGAAAUAUAGUUUCUAUAAAAUCUGAUUGACAUAUGGACUCAUUUAUAAUUCUUUUAACAAGCGAAAUGUUAUAACGAAGCUCUUGAUCAUUCCGUACAAUCGAAUAAGCAAAAGAAGACAAAUUGUGCGCUUUGUAUCAGCAUCAGCAUAUACAUGUAUCUUGUAAACUAUGCUGAAUGCAACGACUAAUUAAAACUUCGUAUAGUUAUGUAUAUUAACUUAAUUUGCCAACCUGAUCCGAUAUUCUUCGCAAGAUAGUUAUCUUUGGAGAAAGAAUAUACGGAUCAUGUAAUAAGUAUAUGCGUAUUUGUUUAAGUUUCUCUGACGUAUUAUUAACCCUACUGCGGUUCUCCGAUUUUUACGGCUCGUCACUAUGUCGACGGAUACAAACGCUUUCAACGUUUUAGGAAAAUUUAUAACAUAAUAUUCAAAGAAGGAAUUUGCAUAUCAGUAACGAUUGUUUCAUGUUUCUUCUGAACUGAGGAAACUUUUUAACGCUGGAAGUAUACAGGAUCGAGACGAAGAUGAGCCGAGGGACGCAAAGUAGAGUUAAUAAUAGGUGUACAAAUGAAUAAUCCAAUGAAAUGAGUAAUCUGCAGUGCUCAAAGUCCAAAGCUCAGAGCUGUAUAUCGAAAAAAUACCGCAGGUAGUUCGAUCAAAGUAUUUGUCGCUGCCUCUUAUAACUUCAAGCCACCUAUUUAGGCAAGUGAUGAACUCCAUCACGAGAAAAUGUGUCUUUAGAUUCAUAAUAGAUUCAUUUAUAGAAUUUACAUUCAUCAUAGAAGAUCCGAUCGUCAGGACACUGAUAAAGGACGACGUUCUGCGCAGUUGCUGCAUGACGACGCUAGGCCACGCGCUGCUUCCGCGACGAAACACAUCAUAAGGAGUCUCGGAUGAGUCUCUAAAUGUUUGCUUUUCGUAUUCAAGCAAUUUAGUCCCCACCGAGAUCAUUUGCGUUACUUACGUUACACGUAGUUUACGUAUAUGAGCUUGGAAUAUUCGUAUCUUAAUAUUAAUAAAUUGAUAAUAUUUAAUAUAUUAUAAUCAGAUCGAUAUGUUACAGCUUUUCAAGGAUGAGCGUAUGACCCUGCAAAUCGCUAUUGCGCGAUUGUGUAAUACUACGUCACAUGAGAAUGGGAGACAGUGAUUCACUUUCAGGAGUUUUCUAAUGAAGACUGUUCUCGGUUCGCCAAAUAGUUAAUUAAUUAAAUAGUAACAAAAAUGGCAUUGCCACGAUACGUGAUCUAUCAAUCCUGACUUUCAUGACCACACUGGCACUUAGGGUCGUUUAUUAUACCUGUCCGAGCUGAUGAGAUGCCCAGGUUGUAAUGACCUGACCUACACCUAUUGGUUGCCAUUAUAAUUUCUCGUUUUUAGUUUUCCUCCGCAUACUAUGAUUUGGCCUUUUGGUCAUGGAAAUGAAGAAAAACAAUUAAAUCCUUUGGCAAUUAAAAACAGUUGAAUCCUAAGCCUUCUUCGGCGACGAUCUCAUAGGUGCUUCCUUUUGCUACCGUCUUAACGUGUUCCUUGAGAUUUCCAAUGGGAAUUUUGGCUCGGCUGCAUCUUUUCGGGAUAAGCAGCUAGCUUAUUCACUAGACAUUAUUUCUUCGGAUUACCAUCGGUUCUGAUAUAUGCAACACGCCUCAUGCACAUUCAAUUAGCGGAUGAAACAGAAAAACGACACAACGAUCGGAUCUGGUCCGAGGACACAGCAUUUUUCGCUGAUGAAAUUCAGCACUUGCCUGAUGGAUGGCUUGAACUAAUAGAAAGCUAAGGUUUGAUACUUUGAUCGCAUAACUUGCUGUAUUCUUUUUCAACAAAUUUUCAAUUUCACUGACAGUUUUGGAUUAUUCAUUUAUACAUCCGCCAGUUAUUUUGGUUUGAAGAAUUUGCUUCGAGUGAUCAUCUAAGGGUGCAAUUUCUGGUAUUUUUAUUUGUAGUAGUCAAGUAUGGUGUAACUCCAACACGUCGACCGUUAAUAUGUAUUGUGCAUUUUUCCACAAUGUUAUAAAAAAAGCGGUCGCUGCAAUGGCCAACAGAGAAACAUUAAUUUUCUGUGCUUUAAAAUACAAACAACAUAAACAUAUUACAUGAUAGGAUUACAUGUACUUUUUAUGUCAGCCAAAUAUUUAUGUAUACUCAUUUUUUAUGAAUCAACGAUUCGCAAUCGGUACUAGAUGUUUGAAAAGAAUAAAUUGAUUUUUCAUAA